GAUAAUUAGUAGUGUUUCACCUGUAACCUGAAUAGGGGAGUUAACUCGGGUCACAAUUUUUUUUUUCGAUAAAAUUGCCAAGUAAUAACGUUAUUUAAGAUAAUAUUCUUGCAUCCUUAGGUAGAAAUGUUGUAAGGUACAAGAAGAUUUGUAACAACAAACAGAGUCAUGGCAAAUAUGCUGAAGUCAGGUUACAACUAUAUCCGAUAUUUCUUUGACUAUAUCACCACUGUUUGGCCAGUCACUUGGUUAUACACUUACAGGUCCAUUGAGGCCAGCUCAGACUCUAUGAAUGAUAUCAAUCAGAUUGUGAAAUAUCUUUAUCAACAUCAGAAAGGAGAAUGUGACAAAAGCAUCAGUGAAAUCAGUCAGCAAAUAAAGACGCUCAAUUUUCAUGAGGAUAUUUUAAGUGUGAGGGAUGAAAUGUAUGGAUUGAAUCUUCUCCAACAUGCAAUCAUAGUCAAUAAUAAGGAUAUAGUUGAACUUUUGAUCAGUAACAUUCAAAUACCAUCCCAGGUAGAGUGUAACUCUGUUACACACAUGGCAGCAUUCCUCGGGCAUCUAAAGAUACUGGAAACUUUUAUAACUGAACGUCCAUUUGAUAUGUAUAAAAGAGCUGGGUUAUGCUACCCAGCUUUACAUGAGCCAGUGUCUUACUAUAGGAAAAUGGGUUUUAUGUUUCAAGAAAAAUACCGCUGUGAGGAGGAAAAGUUACUGCCAAUAGAAUGGGCAAUUGUUGGAGACCACUUAAACUGUGUUGAAGAAAUGGUGAAAAAAAUGGAGGAAAUGGGUGGAAGGCAGUUUAAUCUGACAAAGUUUUUGCAUUUUGCAGCUUCUCGUGGUGCCGAAAAAUGUUUAGAUUAUUUUGUCAAAAGCUGUCCUGACAAAAUUGAUCAUGUGGGCAAAACAGGAGAUGUACCACUAUUAGAAGCUGUUGUUUGGGGGAGACAGUGCGCUAAAGUAUUGAUUGAUGAUGGAGCAGAUGUGAACAGAGUGGCUGUGAAUGGUGAUACAGCUUUGCAUCGCCUCUACAGGAAUGAUAUUGAUGGAAUCUUUGCCAUUUAUGAUACAACAAAAUACUUGCUCACCACAGGCAUAGAACAGCUAAUUAAUACUAUAAACUUGAAAGGAGAAACAGCCCUCCAUCUGCUCGUAACUCAUGUUUCAUACAUUGGUGGUAACUACUACCAUCCGCAACAAAGGUCAAUGCCACGCUGGCAGAUGCAACCAAACUACCAGGAACAAGUGAUACAGACUAUCAAGCUGUUGCUAAGUUUCAAUGCUGACCCACUCAUCUUUGAUUCCCUUCAACUUCAACCAUUAAACAAACUUCUUCAUGUUACAAUGAAAGCUAGUCGACCCCAUGAUUUACUAGAAUGUGUGCAGGGAUGUAUCAAUUCUAAAUAUGUAUACAGGAAUGACUUUACAAGCUUAUCAAGAGCUAUUGAAAUCCUGAUUGAAAAUGGUGCUGAAGUCAAUACACAGUGUGCAAUAGGUCAUACACCACUAAUUCUCCUCAUCCAAACAUUACUGAAUACAGAAGUUCCAGAUCUUGUACAGCAGAGUGACAGCAUUCUUACAGCCUGUGAUCUUCUCUUGAAAAAUGGUGCUAAAUGUAAUUAUAUAUCUGAGGACAAGAAAACAUGUUGUUCUCUCCUGGCUGAACUAGCAAAGAAAAUGUUGAAGCGACCAGCUGGUCGUAAUGUUGCCUAUGUAGAGCAGGAUGUUGAAUUGAAGAAAAGAUACGCAGAUCUAGUCAACAAUAUUCUAGUUAUGUUUUUGAAGCAUGGACUCAAUCCAAAUUACACUACAACAAAGAAAAGUCCCCAUUUGUCAGGAGGAAGUGGUAAUGGAUUAAUUGAGUUUGUUCGUUUGACUGUGUGUGCAAGAAAUGGGGAUGAUUUUAAGAUGAUCCAUAUGUGGCUGCGUACCUUAUUGCAGUGGGGAGCUGAUCCAGAUAUUGAAUCAUACCCUUCAGAUCCUAUCAUCUGUCAUUCACAAAGCUCAAUAUUUUUGAAGAAACAGAGUACGCAACCCAUGAGCCAUUUUAUCCAUGAAAUAAAGGAGCUGCAAGCUAUCUUUGAACUUGGUCAUGCAGAAGAAUUGCUGUCACUGUUCUACAAAACAAUGGAUCAUAAAGUUCUUCAUGAUUGUUUAUCCACAGCAAGUUUCAUGGCAAGAUUUCAUCCAAUGGGAGCAACAGGGAAGAGUUUUCUUUCUCUGUUGACAGGAAUGUCUGAGCGUCCCAGAUCGUUGAAGCAGAUGUGCAGAGUUUCUAUCCAUAAAGCAAUGAAUAGAAGACUGGCAGUGUCAGUUGAUCAGCUGCCACUUCCAAAUGCUUUGAAAAAAUAUGUAUUAGACAUUGAGUAGGUGACGUUCUCUGAGUGAGGAAUUCAGUAUUACAGAAUUAACAUAACUUUUGACUUUGCUUUGUCAAGUUUAUUUAUAUUGUACUUAUUUUGAUUUGAGUUUUUGCUUUAGUGCAAUUAUAACUAAGAAAUCCCCUUAGUAAGUUUUACCCAAGUAAUAAACUAUGCCUCACUUCAUUAUUUUCCAUGACAAAGUAAUUAUAUAUCUGAAUAGACUUAACAAAUAAUCAUUUUGACAAAUAUUAUCAUUGUUAAUAAAUCAGAGGUGUCAAUUAUCAUUUCACAGCAAGCAUAAAACAAUUUAUUUUAUUGAAGAACCAGUGCUAAAAUAUUCUGAAUUUACAUAAGAUUUUUGUGUUGUGUAUUUGUAUUUAAUCAUGUGAGCUAAAUUAUAUUUCUAUAUCCAAUUGAUUAAAUAAGAUGAAUUUAUGUAGAAUGUGUAUUGUUAGGAAAGUGAGGUUUACUUAUUUUGUCCUUUAGCAAUAAUCAAUUUAUAUUUGUAUACCAUAUAGUUUAUCUACUGCCAACCUAGUAAGCGUGGUGUAUGACAUUAGAUCAUUAUACUCUAAUACCAGCUGUUUUACUUCUUGCACUCUUACCAGCUGUAGACAAUGGAUUUUUAUGUAAUCUCAUAUAGAAUACUUAAUGCAAUUCCCAGAGUAGAAACUUACAAAAAUGAGACAUGAGUAUUGUAGAAUUUAUUUCGUUAAGUAGACUACUUGCAAUAUAGAUAAUUAAAAUGUAAUGAAUAUCCUUAAUUGACUAUACCUAGUUCAAGGUCAUUGUGACCUUGAUUCUAAAAGAUAAUCUCUGCUGAAUUGACUGUAAACAGGUUACAUUUGAUAUUUUGGAUCUAUAGGUCAGGGAUACAUAUAAGAGCAAUAGUUUUGAAUAUGUUUAUUUAAUCAUACUUGGUCAUAAAGCCAGUACUGUUAAUAGAUCAAAGGUCAUACCUCCAGCUUGUAUUUUGUAAUAAAUUAAGCCAUGGUUAUUUCAAACUGAUCUUGAGUAUGCAGCUUUUUUUUUAUUAGAAGAUUUUGUGCUCCUUACAAUUUUAACAUUUCUUAUGAAGUGUUUUUGAUCAUUUAUUUCAGCAGGACAAAAAAAAUUUAAUGCAUUUAAGUAUUUAUUGAGGAAAUUUAUAAAUACAUGUUCAAAAAAUUGGUUUCAUCAUCCUUUUUGCUUAACUUAUUCAUCAUGUAGAAUAUUCUUAUAAACAUUCGAUUGUGCUAUCCAGUUUAUAUUAUAGUAUCAGACAUAAUUUAUACUGUUUUAACUGUUAAUACAGUGUUUG